AAUGAGCUUGCUGAUCCCAAUAAUGACAUAUCUAAUACUUUGAAGUGGAUAGCAGAAGGGCCUCGGGAGACAGUGAAAAAGUAUGCUGGAUAUUCUGUAGAUGGCUGCCAUUUUCACACAAAAUCUCAUGAUAGUUCUCAUGUCCAACAAAACAGUGGAGUGACUUUGGUAGCAAAGACAAUGCAAAUAUCCAGUUCUAAAGAUAAGAAUCCUAAGGAAGAUGAUAUGACUUUCUAUGGAACGAUUCAUGAGAUAUGGGAGGUCAAUUAUAAUGAUUUCACACACACAAUAUUUAAGUGUGAUUGGGUGAAAAGUACAACAGUUCUAGCCAAGAUGAAACACUUCGAAGACAAUCCUUUAGAAGAUGAUGAUGAAUAUACAGAUGAGGAUGCAGAUGACCAGGCCACAAACAAGAGGAAAGGGAGAGGUCCAACUUUGAUGUCAGACUUGGUCCAUCGUAGGGGCCAUAAGGGUCGUAUAGAAGUUGGAUAUAACACAAAGGGACAGCCAGAAGGCAAGCAUGGAUCAAAUUUAGCUAGUUUCAUUGGAGUAAUGGCGCGAAGCACUGUUCCAAUUAUAUAUGAAGAUUGGAAAGUGGUACCAGCUUCUUUAAAGGAUAAGAUAUGGGACAUGGUUCUGAAAGCAUUCAUCGUGGAUAUGAAUAGUAGGAAGCAUGUCAUAAGCAAUGCUGGAAAGGCAUGGAAAUCAUUCAAGAGCACUUUAACAACAUCAUAUAUACUGAAAUUCAAACAUCAGCCUCUCAAGCUGAAGACUCCACCGUCUGGCUAUGAUUUCAUCCUUCAAGCACAUUGGGAUGCCUUUGUGAAGUCUCGAUUAACAGAAGAAUUUGCGGAAAUUAGAGAAGCUGCAUCAAGGAGGCGAGCUCUCCAUGUAUACAAUCAUCGAAUGUCUAGAAAAGGCUAUGCCAAUUUGGAAGAAGAACUAAAAUUGGCGUUGGGUGACCAAACUGAUAUUGAUCGAUCAGUUCUGUGGAAGAAAGCACGUGUUGAUAAAAAUGGAAACUAUUCAAAUGAGGCAGUGAAACAACGUGUUGAUAAAAUUGAUGAAGUGACUAAACAUGUUAAGGAUGGUAUUAUAUCAACAGCUGGUAGUAAUGACAUACUGACAAUGGCUUUGGAAAAGCCUGAAUAUUCCGGUCGUGUAAGAGGUGUUGGAAGCAAUGUCACACCUAUUUUGUACUUCAAUACUCCAAGGUGUCGAUCUCAAUCCACCCAAAAUCAGUUGUUGCAACAAAUGGAGCAAAUGCAGAACCAGCUUUUAAUGUUUACUCAAUUGCUACAACCUGAUCAAUUGUUAAUGAUGCAACACAUGGUCCAAGGUAGCCGUGUGUCUGAGAAAUCUAGUUGCUCAGUUCAGAAGGACAAAGUUGAGACAUUAUCUAAGGAGGAGGAGUCUAGGGUGGAAAUGAUGAAACGAAAAGAGAAGAAGUCUAAGAAAGCUACAUUUAAAGUCAAUGUACAAGAGGCUUUGAAGACUAGUACUAAAAUUCCAGAAGAAAUCGAGCAGGUAAAGCAACACAAUAAAGAAGAAUCAGCUUUGAAACCUGGAAAAAACAAACAAGAUGGCUAUACAGAGGUUCCCAAAGACAAGCCACAAGAUAUUGAAAAAGUACAUAUAAUCUUUCAGAUGCUUAACUACAUUUAUAAUAAUUAA